UCCACCAGGCGGAUAAGUAGCCACAUUUUUUUUUAUAUGUCCCUUCCCGUGAGCAGCAGACGAGAUUUGAACUCUGCUGAGAAAGUUUGUGUGUGUUCGGGUGUGAUUAUUACAGCAUCAGACACCGUGAUGGACUUUAUUCCAAUGCGAGUUACUUAAAAGUAACAUGUUGUCUUGGUGACGACAGAGAUCUGGUCUGGAUAAUGUUCUGGUGUUGUUCUGACCCAUCCUAGGAUCUGGAAUGUACACAUGGACCUGUUCUGGGCGCUGAGAUCUGCUAUCAACAGAUAUUUUUGGACCUUGAAUCUCGAGGAAAGACAUUAAGGAGGCCGUACAUCAGCAAUUAAGAAUCCACUAAACAUCGCCAUCUUGAACAUCGCCAUCUUGAACAUCGCCAUCUUGUUUCAGGUAUGCCGAAAUGAACUUCAAAACCUUCACGCUUUUGACGAGAGAAACCAUUAACGAAUCAAAUAUUCUUGAGUGUAGGUCGAAGUCUUAUGGAGUCACUUUAAUUAACAUCUCUAGAGAUUAGCUUUGCAGUAUGGGAGUACAGAAUUCUUUGUUGCUUGGUUACAAAGUCUUCAAUCGGACGUAGAAGUAGAAGGCAGAAAUGACCACUAUACUGUCUCCUACCUUGGCACAAAUGGCUCAAGGGUUGGAGGAGCGGAUCAUCUUCUACAAUGUGUCGAUCAUCCUUGGGGAAAACAACAGAACUGAUCUCUCCCUCAGCCACCAGCACCACAACGACAGCUUCGAGGAGGUGACUCUCUUCUCGAACAUCCAACGGACUCCGGUGGGGUCUGCCAUGCCCUUCUUUUCUUUUCCGACGGUGCUGAAGAACCUGGAUGACUUUGUCAUGCCCGUCGCCUUCUGCCUUGGUAUUUUGUGCACGUUUAUGCUCAUUCUCACCUUCAUGUGCACGCCCAUCAAAUCCAGCGCCCUCAGCCACUAUCUGACCGCCUUGGGGAUUGCUGAUUUAAUCUACAUGUCUUGUUGCCUUCUGUCUUGGGUGUCCAAAAGAAGCUACGAUUUCUACAACAAAAUGGGCUUCUGCCAGAUAACGUUUUUCUCUUUGCUGCUCUCUCGCUUCUUGUCCACCUGGUACCUCUUCGCCGCGCACGCUGAGAGAUUCGUCGUUCACUUCGGCUCCUGCCGAGCCAGGAAGUGGUGCUCCACGUUCAGAACCAAGUGCAUCAUCAUCGUCAUCUUCGUCUUCUCUCUCGUCGGCUUCUCCCAUUACAUCUGGGUGGCCAACGUGUCUGAGAACAAAAAAGGCGGCACCACAUGCGCCAUCAUGCAGGAGAGCAUCAAGUACAUCGUAGAACUGGGCAAGGUGGAAAUAAUCACCGCCAUUUUCCUGCCCAUGAUUCUCAUCAUCGCCAUUGACGUUGCCGUAUGCACGAGUAUCGCAGCCACAUACAGCAAAACUUUCUUCUCCAGGGCGCAGUCUCGCAAAGGGGACGGCUGGAGGGGGGAGUACAAACUGGCCAACAGCGAGAGGUCAAAUUCGCCGUCGACGAGGUCGGGUGACGCCACGCCGCCGCCCCCGGAAUUCGACCUCUCGCUAGAAAAGACUCGCGCCACUGUGGUGGUGCUGAUCGCGGGCGUGAUCUUCAUCUGCCUGAUCCUCCCUGCCUCCAUCUACCGCGCCAAGAUUCUCUUCAUGAGCUCGGAGCGCCCCACGCCGCAAGACAUCAACAUGAUGGUGUUCUUUGAGGAGUGUGUGAAGUUUAACAGUAUUUAUAAAUUCUUUCUUUACCUCCCCUUUCUCAGAGCCUUCCGUCACGGUCUAUUGCAACUAUUUAAAGGACGCCUGAGACGGAAGAACGAUCCAGAGACCUAUCAAGAGACUUCAGUUUGAUCAAGGGGAGUCCGUCGCAGUUUAGCAAGGGGAGUCUGUCGCAGGUGUAAUGUGACUACGCUCUUACAACCGUUAUUCAGAACUGACCUGUGUAGCAUUUUAAUAACUUUUCUCAAUAAGGGCUUCAGUGUUUACUACUGGUUGCCAUGGCAGUUUCUAUUAAUGGUUUUAAUGUUACUAAAUUCUGAACUGUUUAUUCUUUGUUUUGUACAAAUGUAUGCUUCAACCUGUUACUUGUAUUCUUUCAGAAAUGUACAUAAUUAUUUAUUACAAUGUUUCAAAGUAAACUUGUACGGUAGAUCACGGAAUACGUCCUUAGGAGUGAAACUAUUGUUUAAUUGCACGUUGGUCCGUUAAAUAGAAACGCCUUGGUUUUGGGAUCACUGUUUACUACCUAAAGAAAAGACAGACUCUCUCUCUCUCUCUCUCUCUCUCUCUCUCUCUCUCUCUCUCUCUCUCUCUCUAAUCGAUGAUUGGAAUAUACCUGGACAAAAAUACUUGUGAGUAUUAUAGUAUUUCUUAUAGCUCCCGGUUAUAUUUGAUCUAUUAUAUUUUUUAUUUAUAUUUUUAUACCAUAAUCUUUAAAAUUCAAUUGAUAAAAUUACUUAAAAGUCUUUACCACUAACAUAAAAGUGAAAAGCAUAUUAGGAAAUGACCUUCUUUGUAUCCGGAAAUAAUUCUCAUUAUUCAUAAAGCGUGGUCAAGAGGCUAAAUAAGCUUGUAUUUGGCUUGGCUUGGUUACCUGUAAAGGGGGCUCGAGGUUCGACACCCGACUAGGGCAGAGUUGCGUUUACUGAGCGCCUAAAGGCAGCAUGGAAAACCUUCUACUAGAUACCCCCUUCCUCCCCCCCCUCCACUGGUCCCCAAAUGAGAUUGGACCAAAGCGCUCUGAACAUGCUUUAAGCAAUGAAAGUAAAAAAAAAGAAGUAAAGUUCCCCUUUCAGACCUUGUGGGCAGACGAUGUAAAGGUCAUCUGUUUAUGUUGCUUACGGUUAACGAGGGUGUUAUGUGGCCAGCACAACGACCAACCGUUUUUACUUUUCCCCAACUAAUGUCAGGUACCCAUUAGAGCUUGGUGGACUCAGAGCCCGAAGAACCCGAAAUUAAAAAUCCCAGUCUCCACCAGUAUUCGAACCCGGGCUUUACCUCUAAGCCACCGCGCCUCUUAAGCAUGAAAGUAGCACUAUAUAAAAGCUAUAAAAAAAAAAUCUAAGUGGAUAACAUUUAUAACCAUAUUUCUCAAUACUGUAACAUUUGUAUCCAUUUUUCGAUAUCAAUUCAAAUCAUUUGUUACCACUAAUUAAUUGACCUGUUCGUUUUUUUUAUACAAAAGUUAUAAUUAUUACAAAAGUAUUAAAUCCAUAACAAUAAUAGUGAUAAUACUUUUCUAUUCUCUUGUAACUCUUGCUGUACACUUUUUCUAGUACCUUACAGUUGCCUUUAGUUUGCUCAUUAACACCUUCAAAACUAGUUUUAUCUUGAGUAUAUAGAAUAGGUAAGCGUAAGCUGUGAUAGCCGAUGUUUCCUUAAGGUAGAUACUCUACUUUUGUAUUUUUUUGAAGAAACAUAAAGUAUUUAGCGGGCUUUUUCCCCCUUUGGGUUUUACAGUGUAUUUUUAGUCUUUUUCGGGAUGCGGUGGUUGACUAGUAAAGCGCUUGGCUUCCGAACUUGGGGUCCCGGGUUCGAAUCCUGUUGAGAUUUUAAAUUUCGGAAUCGUUAGGCACCUCUGAGUCCACCAAGCUCUGAUGGGUACCUGGCAUUAGGUGGGGAAAAGUAAAAGCGGUUGGUCGUUAUGCUGGCCACAUGACACCUUCGUGCGUCACAGAAACAGAUGAUGCGGAUGGUUUGAAAAAGAAACUUUACUAUUAGGUCUUUUCAAUCGUGUCUAUACAUUCGAAUGUUUUGAAAAAAAAAAGUGAAAAGGUUAUGGAUGUUCCAUCAGAGUUGAGGAUUAUCACUUCUAAGGCCAGAUCCCCUGCAGGACAGCGGCGGAGGGCAGGGUUCAAGUCCGGGACUACAGAGACGAUAGGCGAGAGCGCAUACCACACGACCAGGCUGUCGUCGUCCUGCAAGAGGUCUAGACUAGAACGUAAACACCUUGACUUCGGAAGAAAAAAAAGAAACUUUUAAAGCAAACACAUUAAAGAGCUAACUUAAACACAUAGAGGAGCUUACUUAAAUACAUAGAGGAGCUUACUUAAGCUCAUAAAAGAGCUUACUAAACAAAUAGAAGAGCUUACUUAAAUACAUGGAGAAGUUUAGUUAAACUCAUAGAAGAACUUACUUAAACUCAUAGAAGAACUUACUUAAACACAUAGAAGAGCUUACUUAAAUACAUGGAGAAGUUUAGUUAAACUCAUAGAAGAACUUACUUAAACUCAUAGAAAAACUUACUUAAACACAUAGAAGAUCUUACUUAAAUACAUGGAGAAGUUUAGUUAAACUCAUAGAAGAUCUUACUUAAACACUAAGAAGAGUUUACUUAAACUCAUUGUUUCUGUCCAUCUAUUUAAUUCGUCGGAAUGUCUUUGACACCGGUGGUCUCACUAUAUUUAAACAGUCCGCUGGGGUUGUCUUCUGCUAUUCCCCGAUGUCCAGUUAGGCCGAGUCGAUACCCUAAAUAGCCUCAUUACAGAGACCAAGUCUUUUAAAUGAGACAAUCUACUGUCGUGUAUCUUGUCAUUGACCGCGUCCAACAAAGUCUCUUCAAUUCAUCGUGGGAAAUAAACCAACUGCAUAGUGUUUGGGGGAUAGGAAACAGAAACAAGAUUUGAAAUAAUUACUUGUAAGGUCAAGGAGUAAAUAGAAUAAACGAAUACAAAUAAAUGUAAAAUCUGUAUAUUUUAUUCUCAAAAAUGGAAAAGCUUGUAUAAGUCCAGUGGGAUAUGUUGUAUUGCUUCUUCCCUGGUCUGUGGCAUUUUACUUCUCGAGAGACGAUCUUUUCCCUUUGCAACUUCUUGUGUGACUAAAGAGGCCAAUCAUUGAGACACAGGCCACAGUUUGCGAAUAUGUAAUCACCAGGUGCCGCUGCAUUUUCACCCUUCUUUAUACUACUGUUGUGUAUGGCAUCUGCAAUCCGAGACCCUUCCUUUAUGCUCGCUCUCCAUGUGGAUCUAUCCAGUGCUACUUUUUCCCAGCUGCUAGUGUCGAUUUUGAAGAGCUCCAUGUCGCGUUUGCAUACAUAGGUAUACCGUAAAAGUAGGCGACCAGCGGCUCUCCUGCCUUCUAUUAGAUCGCCAUACAGAAUGUCUUGUGGAAGUCGACCUACUGGCAUUCUAGGAACGUGGCCAAGCCAGCCAAGGCGUCUGCUGCUGGUAACAGAGUGGAUGUCCUGGCACCCUGCUCUUCGAAGCACUUCCUCAUUGGUUAUUUUUAUCUUGACACCUUAUUUUAAAGAUCCGCCUUUGGCAUCGGAGGUGGGAGACAUUCAGCUUUUUUUUCCUGCCAUAAGUAGGUUGACCAUGUUUCACUUCCGUACAGCAAGAUGCUCAACACACAGGUCCGGUAGACUAAGGCUUAAGUAUUGUUAGUCAGCAAAGUGUUGUCCGACACUCUUUUCUGCAACCGUGACAUGAUGCCCAUUGUUUUCUUCCCUUGUGCCAAUACGGAAUAUAACGGGUUGCCUGAAUCAGCCAGGGAAAACCAAAGAUUUUGCAGGGUUUUAGACUCUAAUUAACAUGCACAAAAAUUAACUAAUAGAUAUGCCUAUAACCUAAUUAUCUUCUCUUGUUUUGAGGACUGUGUAUCAUUAUUAUAUGUAAUUAUAUAAUUAUGUAAGUUUAUAAUAUAUCAAAAAACUAUGUAACUGUAGCAUAUUGCCAUUGUUAGUUUCUAAUUGAGGACGAACUGAUAAUCAGAUUAUCCAUAUGAAGCUAAUAAUUGUUAGGUUAUAAUUGUUUUUGUUUUCCUCGCUGACCGAACCCGCUGGCAGAAAAUUGUUGAACGAAUGAACUUUUUAGCCUGGUGAUUUUAUGUUCCAUAUUAUUGCUUCUGAUGUAAUUAAUGAAGUAUUUUAAUUUAAUAACCUGAAUGUAUAUAUAUAUAUACUUUUUACUUAUCCAAUGUAUUUUACUCUCCCUUUGUACACACACGCACCAGACAAACACACAUACAAACAUUUGUUGUUGUUUUUUUUUCUGAGUUCGGAAUCAAAUUUACUUACAUUAAAAUCUGAACU